AUGAAUCCAUUUCAGAUUAUAUGGUAUCUAUUACCAUUUAUACUGCUUUCCACUACUGAAGCAAAGAGAAAUUUGAGGGCUACAUCCUUAGUCACUUGUAUGGAAGGUUCUCAAGUCUCUUCUAACAGUUUUGAUGUCGUCUUUCACCCAGAUGACGGAUCCUUACAUUAUACAUUGGAUUUACAAACUGAAAUUGACUCUUAUAUUUUAGCUUAUAUCGACGUUUACGCAUAUGGGUUUAAGAUUAUCACAAAGAACUUUGAUGUGUGUUCUGAAGACUGGAAACAAUUUUGUCCAGUCCAUCCAGGUAACAUUGAAAUUGACUCCAUUGAAUACAUAUCUCAGGAUUAUAUUAAUGAUAUUCCAAAUAUUGCUUACUCAGUUCCUGAUAUUGAUGCAUACGUGAUUGUUAACAUCUAUGACCAAAAUAUGACUGCCCGUUUAGCAUGUAUUGAAAUCUUCUUCUCCAAUGGUAAAACUGUGUCUCAAACAGGUGUUAAAUGGGCUAGUGCCGUGAUUGCUGGUAUUGGUUUAUUAUUAUCUGCUGUCCUUUCUGCAUUUGGUAACUCCACUGCGGCAUCUCAUAUUUCUGCAAACACAAUGUCUUUGUUCUUGUAUUUCCAAUCUGUAGCAGUUAUUGGUAUGCAACAUGUUCAUAGUGUUCCACCUAUUGCUGCCGCUUGGUGUGAAAAUAUGGCUUGGUCUAUGGGUCUUAUUUAUAUCCAUUUCAUGCAAAAGAUUUUCCGUUGGUAUGUCGAAUCUACUGGUGGUACUCCAGCCUUGUUUUUGACUUCUACUUCUCAAUCUGUUUUGACUCAAAGAAGUUGGGAUUAUAUGAGAACUUUACCAUUGUUUAAACGUGCAGAAAAUAUCUUAUACGGUAAUUCAAACACUUUGAUCUUUAGAGGUAUUAAGAGACUUGGUUAUAGUAUGGGUAUUGAAAAUACUUCUAUUGUUUGCACAGGUUUUACAUUUUUUGUAUUAUGUGGUUAUGUUCUAGCUGGGUUUAUUAUGGUUUGCAAAUAUAGUAUUUAUUUGGCCCAAAGAGCUGGUUGGAUCAAACCUCAAAAAUUCAGAGAAUUCAAUCAAAGUUGGAAAGUUAUCUUAAAGGGUUCCUUAUUAAGAUAUAUCUAUAUUGGUUUCACACAAUUAACAAUUCUAGGAUUCUGGGAAUUCACUGAAAGAGAUUCGGCAGCCGUUAUUGUUAUUUCGUGUCUUUUCAUUGUUUUAUCGGUAGGGCUUAUGGUCUGGGCUGGUUACAGAACUUGUUAUUUCGGUAAAAAAUCCAUUGAAACUUAUAAUAACCCUGCUGCUUUACUAUAUGGUGACGAACGUGUUCUAAAUAAAUACGGGUUCUUUUACACCAUGUUUAACGCUAGUCACUAUUGGUGGAACGUUGUCUUAGUUAGUUAUAUUUUUGUCAAGUCCCUAUUUAUUGGGUUCGCUCAAGCAUCAGGUAAGACUCAGGCAUUGGCUAUCUUCAUUUUAGAUCUGGGCUAUUUUGUUGCAGUUAUUCGUUACAAACCAUAUUUGGAUCGUCUAACUAACUUUUUAAAUAUUUUUAUUUGCACUAUAACAGUUGUGAAUUCAUUCCUAUUCAUGUUUUUCUCUGAUUUGUUUGGUCAACCAUACGCUGUAUCUGCUAUUAUGGGGUGGGUAUUUUUCAUUAUGAAUGCAGCUUUCUCUUUCAUUCUAUUAAUGAUGAUUCUAGUGUACACUGGUAUUAUUCUAUUCUCGAAGAAUCCGGAUAUUAGAUUCAAACCAGCUCGUGAUGACAGAACAUCGUUCCAGAGGCAUGAUAUUAAAGGGGAUGACGUCAAGGUUUCUAUUAAUGAAGAUUUAAUGGCCCUAGGUAACAUUGCUAAGGAUCAUGCUGAGAACUGGGAAUAUGAUAUGCAAAAUAAUCCAAAGGAAAAUAUCUUCUUAGGCUCAGAUGAAGAAAAUGAAUAUUCUACAAGUUCUGAUUUGAAUAGAAAUGUAGCAAGAAAACCAACUUUGACCCAAAAAAUAUUUGGUAAAUUCGGUAGAAAAAAUAGAGAUGAUAUGGACGAAAAAGAUGGGGUGAACAAUUCUUAUUCCAAGGAAGAAGGUGAUGGUACUUAUGAUUAUACGACUUCUUCGACCUCUAAAUCUACUUCCCCAACAAAGAAAUAUCCAGGAUUAGAACAUCAAAGAGAAAACUCAGAGACUGGUAAUGGACUGAUUGGUUCUUACGAAUCCGAAGCUCUCCAUUUUAAUAAACCAAGCACGGUAGAUUUACAUUCCACAAAUGGUGGCAUUUCAUCUACUGGGUUCUCUGAACGGGACUUCAGUAUGAACAGUCUUCAACAGGAACAACAUAAGACAGACGUUCUACAAGGGGAUUUCUUAUAA